AUGGCCUUGUUUCCGAAGGCAAUGGCAUCAUUGGCAAAAGCGGCGAAACCAUUGAUGAGAACCUUGUACAAUGAUACGCGAAAGAACCUGAUGAUCAAUAGAAACACAAAAGUCAUCAUUCAGGGCUUCACAGGAAAACAAGGGACAUUUCAUGGACAACAAAUGAUAGAUUAUGGCACGAAAGUCGUAGGAGGAGUGUCACCGAAGAAGGUAGGACCAAGAAUUUUGUUUGAUGUUUUCUUUUAG